UUUUGAAAAUUCAUACAUGAACUUAUAGCGGUACAUAAAUAACAUGACGAGUUUAGGGCUAAAUGAAGUAAAAAAAUCUAAACCUUUCUUUGUUGAACCCGACACAAAUAAUUUCGAUCUUUGUUCAAAUUUCACUUCUUCUUUGGGUUGAAACUUGAAACAACUAUUUUAAAAAGUUUAACAUAUAUAAAUGAGAUUUACAUAUAUGAAACUCGUGGGACUCCAUUGAUUCUUUCUCCUCCGAGCAGAAGAAAUCACAGGGUUUCAGUUCAAUCGUCCUCCAGAUCGAGCAAGAUGUAUUCCAAAUUGACUGAGAGUGAAUCUGGGAAAGGUACGUCCAGCAAAAGGCUUUCUUCCAAUACCAAAAUGGAGGAGUAUAACAUGGCUAUGAAGAUGAUGAUGAGGAACCCAUAUGAGUAUCACCAUGAUCUGGGUAUGAACUAUACAUUGAUAACUGAAAAUCUCAUUGUUGGUUCUCAACCUCAGAAAGUCGAAGACAUAGACCAUUUGAGGGAGGAACAGAACGUGGGGUAUAUCCUAAACUUGCAGCAGGACACAGAUAUUCAAUAUUGGGGGAUACAUCUCCCUUCUAUCGUACAAAGAUGCCAAGAACUUGGAAUUCGUCACAUGAGGAGUCCGGCGAAAGAUUUUGAUCCAGAUUCCUUAAGGAACAUAUUACCUAGAGCAGUUUCAUUAUUGGAAUGCGCCAUUUCUGAAGAGAUGGGAAGAGUUUAUGUGCAUUGCACGGCCGGAUUGGGGAGGGCUCCUGCUGUUGCAAUUGCUUACAUGUUCUGGUUUUGCGACAUGGAUCUAAAUAGAGCAUACAACACACUCACUUCAAAGAGGCCAUGUGGGCCAAACAAAAGGGCGAUACGUGGGGCCACGUACGAUUUGGCUAAGAACGAUCCCUGGAAAGAACCAUUUGAGAAUCUUCCGGACAAUGCCUUUGAUGGCAUAGCGGAUUGGGAAAGGACACUGAUUCAAGAUCGUGUCCGUGCUCUGCGAUAUUCUUGAGGAAAAAAAAGAUGUAUAUGUACAGUUUUUUUUACCUUAAAGGCUAAGCUCAUUUAGAGUGUUGUUCAUGUGGAUUUGUUUACAGUGUAAUAAGGUGUGUACUCUACUUCUGUCAAGCUAUAGAGACUAUGGUGCUUUGCCAAUUUCUGUUUUGGGUCAACUGUGUGGCCAAACAUGUAUGGAGAGCAUGAACUGUGAUGUAAAUAAAUGUCAUACAUAUUC